AUGCAGAGCGGAUCAUCGGAAGGAGGCGUGCGAGAAAUCGUUCAGAGCAUGGGCCCGGACUUCGUCAACUUGGUGCUUUGCAGGAGUUUUCUCAGCUUCUUUCCUUCCCUCCUGCAGCAGUUGCUGCUGCCGGUAGUCAUUCCUCUCGGAGCUGAUGAGGGCGUCUCGGCAGGUAAGUCCAAGUCGGGCCUUACCAGGCCAGCUGCUGCUUGGCCUCAAGAGGAUGGGCGCCCGGGCGCACCUCCAAUCUCUUGGAUCCUGCGCUUCCUCCAGCAGAGGAAUGAGGCCAAGAUGCAGAAAAUCACAGAGCCCGAGCUUCUCCCACUUGUGGUUCCGAACAUUUUCGGCGUCCUUACAGAGCGUUCGAGGACGUUUGCUUACUCGUUGCUGCACAAGCUCAAGGUAUGUGCUGCGGCAGCUGGAGCUGGCUGCGUGGUGUAUGCUGCAACGCUUUUCCGCGGCUUCGGCAGCAAGGCCUUCCUUGAGGGCCUUGCCUCGGGCCCGAGCGGGCUGGGCGCCUUGGUGAAAGAUGGGGAGGAGAGCCGAAAGAAGGCGCGUCUGGCCGCGAUCCUGGGCCUGCUCAGUGCAGGCGGCGCAAUCGUGGUCGGUAUGUCUUUCGAGCGCUUCAACCGUCGUCCGAAGGACCCCAGCUCUCUCCAGCCGUCGACAGAUCGGCCUUUCGAGCCCGAGCGCGAAGCGUCUCCUCCAAGCUCAGAGGUGUCCUGA